CUAGCUCCCGCGGGCUCCUAGUCCUCAGGGCGCUCUGGGGCGGGCUCCUCGUCUGCCCCGGGCUCGGGCCGGGCCGCAGAUCCCGGGAGCGCUUUCGGAGCCCCGGCGCCGGCCGGGCGGACGCCGCUGCCCUCAUGGCGGCCAUCACAGCGCUGCAGCAGUGGUGCCGGCAGCAGUGCGAGGGCUACCGGGACGUGAGCAUCACCAACAUGACCACGUCGUUCCGCGACGGCCUGGCCUUCUGCGCCAUCCUGCACCGCCACCGGCCCGACCUCAUAAACUUCGAUGCCCUCAGGAAGGAAAACAUUUACGAGAACAACAAACUGGCCUUCCGUGUGGCUGAGGAGCAGCUGGGCAUCCCGGCCUUGCUGGACGCCGAGGACAUGGUGGCCCUGAAGGUGCCCGACCGGCUGAGCAUCCUGACCUACGUGUCCCAGUACUACAACUACUUCCACGGGCGCUGCCCCAUUGGGGGCAUGGCCGGUGUGAAGAGGCCCCUGUCGGACGCCAGUGAGGAACCGUCUGGAAAGAAGGCCCCGUCCCAAGCUGCCAGGCCCUCGCCCCCCCCAGCCCGGGGGCGGCCGCUGUCUCCAGUCAGCACAAACCCCACCAUCCAGCAGAAGGCUGGCCAGGCUGCGGGGGGCUCCGUCAGCAGCACCUGCGGCGUCUGCGGGCAGCACGUGCACCUGGUGCAGCGGCACCUGGCAGGCGGGAGGCUGUACCACCGGAGCUGCUUCAGGUGUAAGCAGCGCUCCGACACGCCGCACUCGGGCGCCUACGAGGCCACAGCAGAGCCCGGCGUCUCCGUCUGCCCCGGCCACCACCCUGGAACCGCCUCUGCCGGCCCCGCGUUGCCGGGCUUGACCCCCAGGCUGCCUGGAGCCCAGUCCGUGGACUCCCCGCGGAAGGCCCAGGGGGCGAGCGGGCAGGGAGACGCGGGGCCAAAGGCCGGGCCGCCCGCGUGGGAGCCCGCGGUGGGCAGCCCGACUGCCAAAGGCUCCGCCCCGGCUGCAGCUGACCCUUCGGCCACCGCCUGCUCCCACGUCCACGCGGGGGGCCCGGCCGGGGCCGGGCUCUCGGUGGGCCCCGUGGGCGGCAAGGCCAGCGCCCACGCGGCCAACAGCUCUCCGACGGGGUGGUCGUCGCCGGCAGGCAGCCCUCGUUCCGCCGCGACCCCGUGUUCCCGGGACUCUCGCCCGGCCGCACCCCAAGGCCGGGUAGCCCCCCGAGGGGCAGCCCCUCAGCCCAAGCUCAGCUCAAGGCCAGCGUCUCCGGUGCCAGCGAGCGCCCCGGCCUGGACCCCAUCGUCCUCCAGGACGCAGCAGCAGGCCCGGGAGAGGUUCUUCCAGACGCCCGGGGCCGCCCCCCGCCCUGGCCCGGCGGGCGGGGCCCCAGCUGCGGCGGACGCUCCUCCCAGGGCUGGCAGCAGGGAGCAGGCGCUGAGCUUCCUCCGGAGGGCCCUCCCCGAGCUGGGAGCGGCUGGCGCUCAGGCACCAGGCAGGCCCUCCCCCGCCACCGGCCCUGCUCCCGGUUCCCACGCCGGAUCCGAAGGGCCAGCAGCGAGUCCGUCAGCCAAGCGGUCGCCGUCGGCGUCUCUGCAGGCCCUCAGCCCCGCUGCGAGGACCGCGCCACCCCGGGCAGGCAGGAGAGGAUCGGCUGCACCCUCAGGGGCCGUCGGGGCGGGUGCGGGCUCCAGGCCGGAGCCACAGGCCCCGCGGGCCGAGGGCUCGAGUGCCGGCCCCCAGGAGGGCCAGGAGGACGGGCCGGCAGGAUGGAGGGCCCGCCUGAAGCCCGUGGAGAAGAAAAGCCCCGCCGAGAGGGCUCUGGAGCCGAAGGCGCCUCAGGUCCUGGGAGAGCCGAGGGCGGGUGAUGCAUCCCAGAAGGUCUCUGGGGGCUCCGAGGGGGGCGUCCGCGUCACCCUGACCCCUGUGCGAGUGGACAGGACGCCAGGCCCGGCCGGGGCCAGCCUCCUAGCUGCAUCUCCCUCCCCGUCCCAGUCCUGCCACAGGAAGCUGGCGGUCCCUGCCAGCCUGGACGUUUCUGGCAACUGGCUUCGGCCGGAGCCCUCGGGGAAGGAAGCCCCUGCCUGGAGCCGGAGGAAGGAGGAGAAAGCCCCUUCCCAGGGCGAACCAGGGAGGCCCUCGGGCCCGGCCAGCAUCCCUGUUCCGCCUGGCGACUCAGUGCCCUCCCCGGUCAGGCUGCACCCUGACCGCGUGCCCCAGGAGGAGAUCCGGCAGCAGGUGCAGGACAUCGAGAGGCAGCUGGACGCCCUGGAGCUCCGGGGUGUGGAGCUGGAGAAGCGCCUGCGUGUGGCCGAGGAGGACGCCUCGGAGGACGCCCUCAUGGCGGACUGGUUCCGGCUCAUCCACGAGAAGCAGCUGCUGCUGAGGCUGGAGUCCGAGCUGAUGUACAAGGCCAGGGACCAGCGCCUGGAGGAACAGCAGCUGGACAUCGAGGGGGAGCUGCGCCGGCUGAUGGCCAAGCCGGAGGGUCUGAAGUCCCCCCAGGACCGGCAGCGAGAGCAGGACCUGCUGAACCAGUACGUGAACACCGUCAACGACCGCAGUGACAUCAUCGACUUCCUGGAUGAGGACCGGCUCAGGGAGCAGGAGGAGGACGAGAUGCUGCAGAACAUGAUCCGGAAGCUGGACCUGCAGAGGGGUGGUGGGGACCAGAGGAAGAAGCCCAGGUUCCGCUUGUCCAGCCUCUGGCCCGUGAAGACUAAAAGCAGGAACCCCGAGUAGCCGCCUGGCGGGGCCCCAGGAACCCCGCGGGGUGUGGCGUGGCUGUGGGCGGCGGAGCCUGCAGCGCCCUCUCUGGGGGGCUGGGCAGCCUCAAUAAACAAACUGCC